AUGAAUAUUAUUGCAUGCAGUGCCGGACGAAUAGACAUAUCGUGGUUAAAAAGCCUGGAGCACGAGCGGGUCUUUCCAGCCCUGGCUGCUGAGGCUCUGAGCCCAGCGAAGCGGCUUGCCGAGAAGAAAAAGGCGACGCGACGCAGGGAGACCCGCCGCGUCCAAAGCAGCCCUGCAGUCGUCGAGCGGUGCGUCCGGGUCGACACGAACGGUGUAGUCUCGGUCAUCUGCGGCCGAGCGUAUGACGACGAGUGCGGUGACGUCGGUGACGUCGGAGACGAUUUCGGCGGCAUCGGCGACCUCUUCGGUCUUCAACGCCUCCGAGCUCGGCUCCGGAGUGACGGGGUUGUCCGGGAUGUCGGAGUGAUGGCUCGGGGUCGCCUCCGCCGAAGUCCCCGCGCAGGCGUCGACCUGGACACGGACGCCGGCCUCAGAGCUCGUUUUGGCGUCGAAUCUGGCCGUGCUCGCGCUCUCGCUGGCGUCGUCGACGCCGAUGUCACUGUUCAAUGUGUUGUGCUGUGUCUGCUCGAUUGGGCGACAGCAGUGCUUCAGAUGUGGGGCGCCCGAAAGACACUGGCCCAUGGGGUGAUGCAGCAAGAAGAGCGAAAUGCGAAACUUGGGUGGUGCAGGGACCGGAGGGAGGCAGAGGAGGAACAAGGAGAGGAGGCGGCAGAGGGGGGCAGUAGGGGCGGUGGAGGGCGGUAG